UCUCCCGCCUCUAGUCCCCUCCUUUGAGCUUCAGUAUCAACACCAGCCGAAUUUUAUACUUGCAAUAUCUGGAGCGCCCUCAUAUUCCGUCAUCUGCACACCCGAAAAGACCGAUUGCGCAGGCUUCUCCAAGUGGACACGACCUACCCGGCAACUUCUCGCCACAAAUAUUGACCCAUCACUUCCACGCCUAACACCCGCCGCAAAGAUCGAUACACGCGAUUGCUUGAUUGAAUAUAGCCAACUCAACGACAACAGAACCGUCAUUCAUACCAUGGCGGCCCUCCACCUCCAUCCUCCACCCCGGACACCGAGUCCCAAAAUCCGUAUCCACCGUUCACAAUCAUUCGACUCCCCUUCUUCCCGCAUCAGUGCCACGCCAAUUGAUGAGUCGCCGUAUUCGAAAUCUACCUCUGCACUGCAACAUGCCGUGCCGCUGGUGCUGAAUCCGCUGCCUAGCAGGGACGUCUUAUCGAUCUCGACUCAGAAUGUAAUUGUCAAGACCAGCAGGCCUGGGAGAAGAGUAGGAGCGAUUAUACACGCCACGACACGCCAACAAGAAGAGCAAUUUGAGUCUCCAUACUCCUCAGAAUCGGAAAUGGACCUCGAUCCCUCCUCCCCAUCAUCCUCUGGCUCCGAACCCGCCUCCCCAUCCCAGCCUUUCCAUACUCAACGCCACCAAUUCCGGCCUUCCCAUCACCAUCACUCCAUCACCAAUGCCCCAGUAAUCCUCCCGUCCCCUUCCAACACAAUCUCCAUCACCCUGCCCGUCCAGCAACCACGGACGUAUUAUCAGCCCGAGCCCCUCCCGUACCAAGACCCCACCUCCCUCUCAACAAUGUACUCCCCCUACCUGGUCCGACUCGUCCUAGAUCUCUACGACGUGCGCGGCCUCGCAUGGACGGAUAUCGCGGAGCCGAUUACGCGGGUUUGGGGCAUCGCGACGAGUAGUGCAGAGGUGUUGGGGAUACUGUGUGGGAAUGGUCGGGUGGGAGGUGUGAUGUGGUGGGAUUAAGGGGCGGUUUCGUUCUUAUGGAACGCCUGGGAGUUAGGACAGCUGGGGAGGGGAAGCGGGUGAAGAGUAUGGUUAGUAAGGGGCGGUUAGAGAGGGAGGGGCUCCCCGAACAGGGCAGUUGAGAAAAUAUGAAAGGAUGCAAGUGUUGUUGGAACUUGGGUCGGAUUGGAAAGAUGUGUCAUGGAGAGAGCAUUUGGCAGCGCAGCUUCGUCACUUCGGCAUCUGGCAUGCAUGGUUUAGGUGGGCGCAUCAUUUACCUCCUUUCUUCCGCUUUGCCUUCUUCAUUACUCCAUUCCCAUUCUUUUCCUUCUUCAUGGCUCUCCACUCUUCCUGCUCAAAUUUGUUCUU